AUGUCUGUGGAAUCGGUAGAGAUGGAGCAUUGGCCCGUUUGUUUAAGUUAUUUUGAUCCAUUUGAUGUUUUUGGUGCGGUGCAGAGCGAGUUUUCUAGUAUAUUUCCCCUGGAUGUAGUACGAUGGAAGACAAAUGAUGGAUCUGUUCGAACAAUAGAAAACUUGCCAGUGAAAUUGACUGUUGAGGAUGAUCAGCAACAGAGUAAUAUCAAGUUUGAAGAACCUUAUAUUAGAUUGAUUGUUGUGACGUGCAUCUCAGUUGAUGAGUAUAGAACAAAAGUACGGCCUCUACUUCACCAAUGGCUGCCGACCGUUCACGAUAGCAGUGGCCCUUUUACUAUGCCACUAAUUCUUCUCUAUGCUAAUUCAGAAGUCACAGAUACUAGCAUAUUCAAAACAAUGUCUGUAAUGGAUAAGCUGAACAAAGAUUUUCCGGACGUUCAAGCUCUGGAAUUAAAAUCAGUAUACAAAUCUCCUGCUGAAAAGACAGAAUUUUGGUUAAAGCUGAGUAAUAAAUUGAAAGCAUUUCUAAUCGAGGUUUUUCAACAUAGGAUACGUAUUUUAGAAUCGAAACUAACAAGACAGUUCACUGAAAAUGAAGAACUGGAAAUACGGGAACAAUUAUUCAAAAUAUAUGCCGAGUUUAGGAGGACCGAGGAUGCAAAAGGACAAUUGUCUAUGAUUAAGAACCUAAUGGAUAAAAGAAUAAAAAAUGUAGAAACUGGGAAAUUAGAAGUUCCCUUUGAAAUGUCUCUUUCCGGAAAAGAAUCUACAAAACAGUUACUGUCCGCUAAAAACCUAACUAAAUUCACUUUAUAUCGAUCAAAUUUCUUAAGAGAGCUCAUGCUAUUGCAAUUGUAUGAUGAUGAUAUAUCCAAAUACACACAGAUAUAUGAGCUAACAAAAGAUUUUAUUCGUAAAAUUGAAAAGGAAUUUGCAGCUGAUACAAGGCUCCUUGAAUUCAAAUUUGACUUCUGUAAAAAAAUGCUGGAUACAAUUCCAUCGACAUCCAGAUCAGAAUGGCUUCCUACUAUAAAUGAGAUUAAGGCUGAUAUCUAUUUGAUUAAAAGAGAUGCAUGGAUUCAUGGGUUAAUGAUUAAUCAUGGCUAUCAGUUACUACAAAAGAACUACUCGAAUAAGACUCUGUAUAGCUUUGGUCUUGACAAAGAGGCCGCAGAGAGUGAAGAUGCUUUUCAAAAAUCAUUUGCCCUUCAAACUAAAGAACUAUUGGCAUUGUAUAGUCAAUGUAAUGGAAAGAGACAACGGAUGGCUGAUAUUUUAUCGUUAGAGGUCGGAUUAUUGCAUUAUCAAAGAAAAGAGUAUACCAAAGCUGUUCAGUUACUAAUGUCGUGUAAUGAAUAUUAUACAGAGUCAAAAUGGACUGUUAUCGGCGUCAAUAUUUUAGAAAUAUUUGUUGAUUCGUUAACUAACUGUGUUGGCAUUGAGACAAUUGAUUUUGAUGGUGAGAGCGUGCCUGUUUCAACUAUACUAAGGAAUUCUUAUUUAAACCUUAUUAAAUAUUAUAACAGUACCAGUGAGAAAAAGAUAUUUUGGAACAAAUUUUUGGAAUUAAAGAACGAUGACAUGACUGAGCUAGUGUAUCCAAGUGAGGAUUUAAUUGACUUCUCUGUGGAUGGAAAUGUUUUUCUGCAUGCUCCUAACGUGUACGGGAUUAAUGUAGAAAUUAAAGGGAACGGAUUUCCUGAUGUAAUUGAUGUUACACAAUUUAAGAUUACAAUGAAAAAUUCCAAUAAUGAGUUCAACGAAUUUAUUGAGAGGGAUUUCCUGUUAGAAAUGGAGUCCAAAAGUUAUUGUUUGAAAUCAAAAAACAUAACAUUUGGCGAAUUUGGUAUUGAAUCGAUUGAACUAUGUAUUGGGUCAACAACAAUAAUAAAGGCAUUUGAAGACACAACAAACAAAGUUAUUAUCGAACCAUUGUUUCACGAAAACAAUGUGUGGUUUGAGAUAAGAGAAAGUAAUGAAUUAAAACUAGGGAAAUACGAGCUUGAAAUAGCUGACUUUAAUUUUGGCCAUACUAAUGACUUGGAACUAUACUUGGAGGUCGGAAAGUCUGAGGUAACUCAAAUUAAUCCCGUAAGCUUUGAUUCAGAAAUUGAUCAAGCAACAAUCACUUUAGAUAAGGAAUCUCUUUCCGAAAGUAAAAAGAUCAAAUACUUUUUUAAUGAACAGCAGGAGCAGUUUACGCUAUUUGCCAAAUUGACUUAUUCGUUGCAGAAAAACCCAGAUGUCAUUUAUUCUAUAUCAAGAGUUAUCCAUAUUGACCACUAUUUGCCGUUAUCAGUAUCAGUGGAAGACAUUUUCAAAAAAGACAAAUUUUUUUUUAAAUUUCUUCUUAAUUCAUCUGUUAAGGAAGAACCGGUGUUGAUAUUCGGUUCAGAAUUACAGUGUUUUGAGCUGGAACAUUCAUAUGAAUUAUCUGGCCCUUUUAUUCCUGACUCACCUUUGACCAUCACAGGUACAGGAGGUGAAAGCUGCAUAAAUUGUUUCCAAAUUAGUACAAAACAAACUUUUAACAACAGCGAUAUUUUUCAUUUGAUGAUUAAAUAUUGUACUUUGAGGGACUUUUUGAAAUCUUAUGUAACAGACGCUGUCUUAUUGGAGGGAGAUGUAGAAUUCUUCCAAAAAUACGAGACUUGGAAGUUGUAUUGGCUGUCGAAUAUUUUGUCAGAACUUGAAUUUGAUUACAAUUUAUACGAAAAGAAUAUGAUACUGAAGCUGAAUGGCCAGAGUUUGGAUAUAUUUAAAGUUGGUGUACGGUUGAAAUACAUGAAAGUUGACCCAGUUGUGAGAAGCAAAUUUUUGUCCUGUUUGAAAAGGUUAUCAGAAGGAAUUGACCUAACCGAGAUGGAAAUUAACGAAUACAUGAAAGUCUUUAAUGUGAAAACUUUAACAGUUCCGGUACAACUCCCAGAGCUUGAAAGAUUUUAUGAAGUAUCAUUUGCAAGGCAGGAUUGUAAAAGACACCAAACUCCAAAUAAGGUAGGUGAACCUUUGGCUUUUCAUAUUAAGAUAAAAAAUUCCAGUGACAAAUGGGGAAUUCAGCGUCACGAUAAGUUAGCAUACACCUUUGAAAUAAUAAAUAACAAUGACUGGCUGGUACAUGGCAGAAAAAGGAUGAUUUUAAAGGAUGAUUUUGAAGAGAUGGAUAUUGAUCUUAUCCCACUCCGGAAAGGUUAUUUAACAUUGCCGCAGAUAGAAAUAACAAGCUCGGUGGGUAAUCCUGUGAGGGUAGACAAUAGUAAUACAUAUGAUAUAGUUUUAGUAUUUUAA